GCCUUACCCAGUUACCCUCGCCAUUUUUGUGCGUAUCCCUCCUCGUCAGUUUGCCCUUGUCCACCGCCUCCGCCUCCGCCUCCGCCGAUCCCCAUCCAUCCCGCGAGCGAGCAGGGACGCCGUCGUUAGUCCUGCUGCUUCCGCCGCAUCCAUCCUGUGCAGUGCGGUGCCUCGAGGAUAUUUCCCUGUUCCCUCGGUGUUGACUCCUCGUGAAUUCGCCCGCCGCCUGUGCCGCCGCCGAUCACCAUCCAUCCCACGGGCAAGCAGGGGCGCCGUCACCGCAUCCUGAAGGGAAGAGGAAGAUGGAUCAGCACCACGUGCAGCAGCAGCAGUAUGUUGACCCUUAUCGGACAAUGGUGCUGUCACCACAGCCUGACCACCUCAAUGCCCUCCAGUACAAUCACCAGCAGCAGCCACAGCCACCACCGCAAGCAACUCCACCACCACCACAACAUCACCAUGCCUCACUCGCCUCCCACUUCCAUCUCCUCCAUUUGACGACAAGAUUAGCUGAUGCUAUUGGAAAGGGCACAAGGGAUCAAAAUUCUGAUGCACUGGUUGAAGAUUUGACCAGUCAAUUUGCUAGGUGUCAACAACUAUUAAACUCCAUAUCGGGAACACUAAGCUCGAAAUCUAUAGUAAGUUUUGUUACAUCUAAUGAGACAGUUGAAGGACAAAGGAAAAGUUUGGAAGAAACGCAGCAGCUCCUUGAUCAGAGGAAGGAUUUGAUCACAAAGUACAGAAGCUCCGUUGAAGACCUGCUCAAGGGGGAUACAAGAAGAUAGUAACAUGGUGACUGUAUGGUAGAGUUGGAAUGUUAAAGAGGAGCUCGUUGCUACAUGUGAUCGUUUUCUAAUCAGCAUCGGCUACUUUUGUAAUCGAGGUAGCCUUGAAGUUGGUCUGGCUUAGGAACAUACUUUCAGUUUGUGCUAUCUCAUAUUGUUGGUGGGUAAUGGGUUCAUGGGUUUCUGAGACGAGCAUGCUGCCCAGCUUAUAUUGAAGGUUUACUGAGGACCAGUCAUUUUGUUUAAUGGGUAAAUUUGAUCCAUGCCAUUGCAAACUCAUUGUAUUGGAAAAUUGCCAUUAGUAUUUAUCUAUUUGGAAUUUCACGCUUAUUCGAUA